CUAGUGCGCAGGACCACCUGAUGACGUCACCACGCCGUGCCGAUUUCCGUGAGGCCUCUCAGACGCCGGAAGUGAGCUGUGCGGCGCCGGAAUCGGCAGAGGAAGCCUCGCUGAGGACACAGCAGCAUGGGGCGGUCAGGAAGGUCCCGGCACCAGAAGCGUGCGCGCGCCCAGGCGCAGCUCCACAACCUCGAGGCCUAUGCCGCCAACCCGCACUCGUUCGUGUUCACGCGGGGCUGCGCGGGUCAGAACAUCCGGCAGCUCACUUUGGACCUGCGGCGGGUCAUGGAGCCGCUCACUGCCAGCCGCCUGCAGGUUCGUAAGAAGAAUUCACUGAAGGACUGCGUGGCAGUGGCUGGGCCCCUCGGUGUCACACACUUUCUGAUCCUGAGCAAAACAGAGACUGGCGUCUACUUUAAGCUGAUGCGCCUCCCAGGAGGCCCUACCUUGACCUUCCAGGUCAAGAAGUACUCACUGGUGCGUGACGUGGUCUCCUCACUGCGCCGGCACCGCAUGCACGAGCAGCAGUUUGCCCACCCGCCCCUCCUGGUGCUCAACAGCUUUGGCCCCCAUGGCAUGCAUGUGAAGCUCAUGGCCACCAUGUUCCAGAACCUGUUCCCUUCCAUCAACGUGCACAAGGUAAACCUGAACACCAUCAAGCGCUGCCUCCUCAUUGACUACAACCCUGACUCCCAGGAGCUGGACUUCCGCCACUAUAGCAUCAAGGUUGUUCCUGUGGGUGCGAGUCGUGGGAUGAAGAAGCUUCUCCAGGAGAAGUUCCCCAACAUGAGCCGCCUGCAGGACAUCAGUGAGCUGCUGGCCACGGGCGCAGGGCUGUCGGAGAGCGAGGCGGAGCCCGACGGUGAGCAUAACAUCACAGAGCUACCCCAGGCCGUUGCUGGCCGCGGCAACAUGCCGGCCCAACAGAGCGCCGUGCGGCUCACUGAGAUCGGCCCGAGGAUGACGCUGCAACUCAUCAAGGUCCAGGACGGCAUUGGGGAGGGCAAAGUGAUGUUCCACAGUUUUGUGCGCAAGACGGAGGAGGAGCUGCAGGCCAUCCUGGAAGCCAAGGAGAAGAGGCUGCAGCUGAAGGCGCAGAGGCGGGCCCAGCAGGCCCAGAACGUGCAGCGCAAGCAGGAGCAGCGGGAGGCCCACAGGGAGAAGAGCCUGGAGGGCAUGAAGAAGGCACAGGUUGGGUGCAGUCACGAAGUGGCCUCGAGGAGGGCGAGCCUUCAGUUGAGUGAGGAGUUCGAUGACGUGGAAGAUGAUGACAUCGAGUAUUUCUGCCAGGCGGUGGGCGAGGCGCCCAGUGAGGACCUGUUCCCUGAGGCAAAGCAGAAACAGCCAGCCAAGUGUCCGGGCUGGAAGCGGCGGGAAACAGACCGAGGCCAGGGUCGCUUUAGUGACCAGAAGUUGCCCAAGGACAAGCCCCAAGGGGUCCAGGGCAGGCGGGGGCCGAAGGGGGUUUCCUGGCAUCGUGGACGGGGCCGGGGCAGGCCUCGGAAGAGAGCAGUGUGAGGCCGAGCCGCGCUGGAGCAGUGGAUAGAUUGAAUGCCCCAGAUUGGGGCCCGAGAGAUGGCGGCCCUCGGUUUCCUUUCAUAAAGGAGUUGUGUCCCCAACCCUUCCACUCCAAUAAAGGACUGAACUGGC